AUGCCACUUUUGUCGCUUACGCCCAGGCUGGCUGGCUAUGCCAAGCGAGACGGCAUGGACGCAAUGGCUACUGUUGUCUCUACCUGCUCGAGGCACUCUCAGCUGAGGGCAGUCCUCGACUCGGAUUCGGUUAACAAACGGCGGCGCAUGGACCCCUCGCACUCUACUUCAACUCAAUAUACAGGCCAUAUCGUUGAUAAUCUAAACGCGCAUUACUCGGGUGGCUUCAUCCGAACUGACGUGCCUGCAGACCAGGCUAACUUACCAGAGGUUUCAGCAAUCCUCCAACGUCGCUUAACUCCAAAAGCGUGA